UGCACAGCCAGUGCAUUGUGUAUAAUAUAGAGUGAGUUUUAUGGAGGCAAUAUAAGUCUACAUAUUGAAAGCUCAGAAAUCUGAUAAAGUGGAGGAUGAAGAAUUGAAGAACACUGUACAUUCAAAGCACUGUAUUUAGCCGCUAGCUGCUAGAAAGAGUUUAAUUCAGACAUAUACUUCUACAUAACCAAGAUCAACUUAGAUGAUGCAGGCAGUUGUAUUCACCGCAGCUACAGGUGCUCCUGAGCUACAAGAUGUUCCUAUACCUGAACCCAGUCCAGGAGAGGCCCUUGUACGAGUCAUUCGUGCAGGUAUAUGCAACACUGAUCUAGAGAUUUUCAAAGGAUAUGCAGGUUACGAAGGCAUAGUAGGCCAUGAAUUUGUGGGUGUCGUUGCUAAAUUAAAUGGCCCAUCUGAAUCCGAGAGGCAUGAAAUCAAUGUUGGUCAGCGUGUUGCAGGAGAGAUUAACCUGAGGUGUAACAAGUGUGAGUUAUGUAACGGGACUGACAAUGCCAGGAAAAGGAAUCACUGCCCAGAGAGAACUGUCAUGGGGAUAUUGAACAAAAGUGGAACAUAUGCGGAGUAUCUCACUCUCCCUGUUCAGAAUCUCUUCCCAAUACCAGAGGGUGUUACUGAUCAACAAGCAUGCUUUGUUGAGCCACUAGCUGCUGCCUGUCGCAUUGUUGAACAGAGCCUGGUAGGUAAAGGAUCCAAUGUUGCGAUUGUUGGAGAUGGUAAACUAGGUCUCCUUAUAGCUGAGGUUCUAUCGCAACAGGAUUGCAGCAUCACCAUAUUUGGGCGUCAUUGGGAUAAAAUGAACUUAUGCCCAGAUAAAAUCACAAAAGUCUUCAGUGAUAAAUCUGACGAACUAACCAAAAAGUAUACAGAUCAUUUUGAUGUUUGUGUGGAGGUAACUGGCAACAUGGGAGGUCUCAUGUUCACCUCCGCUAUAACACGUCCACUUGGGACGGUUGUCCUUAAAACAACAUGCGCUUCUGGAGGAUUUGAAUUUAACACAUCCCCAUUUGUGGUGAAGGAGAUUAAAUUGAUAGGAUCAAGAUGUGGACCAUUUGAUGAGGCUAUUACCCUACUAAAGGAGAGAAACAUCAAUGUUGAUAAACUUGUUACAAAGAUUUAUCCAUUUACUGAUGCCUUGGAAGGUAUUAAACAUGCUGGAAUUAAAGGGACAUUGAAAAUACAGCUAUGUAUGGGAUAAUAAAUAUGGAUUUACUAUAUAUAAAUGGAACAAUAAUAAAAACGUCAAUAGAAAUGUCAUUCAGUAAAACAUAUACAAGGUGAAUGGUUCUGGGUCAUUGUACCAUUUAAAAAUUUGGAUUUAUGAGUUAAAACGUUUCACAUUUUGAAGCAUUCAUAGAUUUAACUCCUACAAACAUAUUAUUGUUAAUACUGAGACUUCAAUCCAAAGCAUCAUCCAAAACUGAUGUGAUACAAAACUCUAAUAUGUCUAAUGGCUGAUAGUUGCUAAAUUAUCCAGUUGAUUAUUAUAGCUUAUGGCAUAUGUUGAGCACCCCACACACUGAUCUACUAAUCCUAUUUGUAGUAUCUUAUAUUUUUAAUGAACCAUAUUUAUUUAUAAAUAUGUGCAUCAGACAAGUUGUAUUUUACAUUUAGCUGUUAUAAAAUCCAUUUGAUCGCUAUUUUUAGUGAACUUGGUCAUACACGUUAUCUAUUUUGUAACUAGGUCACUUUAUAUAUUUUGUAACCACCUUGUAAAGUAUCUUUUAAAGUUAGA